CAGUAAGAGGCUGUAAACAGAGGGGGGCCCGCACCAAAGAAGAAGAGCCGCUUCCUUUACUUCCGGGAAACAAACCCCACUUCAUUCACCAAGAUGGCGACAUUAGUAGUGAGACAGCCACCGGUCGGAGGUUUCAGUUUCGAUAACUGCAAGAGAAAUGCACUUCUGUUAGGAGAGGCUAACAAAGUGGGAAGCAGCUUGCCUUCUGCCCGCAAGACAGGAACGACCAUCUGUGGUAUCGUCUUCAAGGAUGGCGUCGUCCUGGGAGCAGACACCAGAGCCACUGAGGGCAUGGUGGUGGCAGACAAGAACUGCUCCAAGAUCCACCACAUCUCCCCCAACAUCUACUGCUGUGGAGCAGGAACAGCUGCAGACACGGAGAUGACCACUCAGAUCAUCUCCUCCAACCUGGAGCUGCACGCCCUCUCCACAGGACGGGUGCCCCGCGUGGCCACCGCCAACCGUAUGCUCAAACAGAUGCUCUUCAGGUAUCAGGGCUACAUUGGGGCGGCUCUGGUUCUGGGCGGAGUGGACUGUAACGGCCCUCACCUCUACAGCAUCUACCCCCACGGCUCCACUGACAAGCUGCCCUACGUCACCAUGGGCUCGGGCUCUCUGGCUGCCAUGGCGGUGUUUGAGGAUCGCUACAAGCCUGACAUGGAGGAGGAGGAUGCCAAGCGGCUGGUGCGAGACGCCAUCGCUGCAGGAAUCUUUAACGACCUCGGCUCCGGCAGCAACAUCGACCUGUGUGUCAUCACCAAGGGCAACCUGGACUACAUCCGGCCCCACGACGAGGCCAACAAGAAGGGAGUCAGAACCGGCGACUACAAGUACAAGAGAGGAACCACGGGCGUGCUGUCGAAGCUGGUGACCCCGCUGAACCUGGACGUGGUGGAGGAGAGCGUACUCACUAUGGACACCUCCUAAAAAUACUGUCUUCUUCAUGUAACUCACUAGCUUCAGAAUCCCUGACGCGAUGGUUUGUUUUUCCAUAAUUUACAAUAAAAGUGUUUGAGUUGA